AAAUCAAGAUGGUGGAUUUGUUUUGGCAGCCGCGAGUUGCAGACGAAAAAACAUAAAUUUGUACCUUUUUAUGGCUUUACAUUGGUAGGUAGGGGUGCUAGAUGUGAUGUACCGAGGUUGUUGUUAUUUUUGAAUCUUCAAAUGUAGAAGAUUCUAGGCUAAAAUGUCGAGUUUCGACGAUUUUGAAGAGAGCCUAAAGCGGCCAGUGGCUGACGACGCACCAAAACAACCCAUCAAAAUUCUGGAACCAGCUUUGAAAAACUUCACAAAAAUUGCCAUUCCGCACAUUUUGGAGAAACUGCGCACGCACAAGGUCAAUAUAGAAAAGUAUCAGAGAAGUGGAAAAUGGGACAAGUUGAAUGCAGAACAGAUCGACGCCAGCCGAGCUCUGCAGCAAUUGAAGGCGACCAUGAGGGACAUGGACCGAACCCGGCAGCAGAUUCGUGACGAGGAUGUGGAGGCGUUUGACAGGAGGGUGACACCGGUGAGGGACGAGGCCUUCAGGGCUGUGGCAAAGUUCAUGGAGAUGUACGCUGAACCUCAGGAACCACUGGCAGAUGUCGAACCUGUCAUUAUUCCUCAUCAGAUAGGUAAACAAGGAGGUGCAAAGAACACAAACAGAGAAGUGGACAGACACGACACGUCACCUGAUGUUUCCACUGUACAUCUGGAGCAGGAGCAGAAACAAUUACCCAGCAUUCCUCAGGACCAGCCUGCCUUGCAAUCAUGGGGGAACCUGAGAGAGGACCAAGGAGAGAAGGUUGACAGGAUACAGGACCAUGUAGAACAGGCUCAUGGGAACGUGCAGUCUGGGGUCAAGGACUCGGGGAAGUAUGGAACGGCCCCCACCCCGUACAGUACAUUUGCUUACGUUUUCUUUCAGGCUGCGAAGUACAAGGCGGCCAUGUUCCCCGUGGCGGGCGCUCUGAUUGGCGGGGUGAUCGGCGGGCCGAUCGGACUGGUGGCCGGGCUGAAGAUUGGAGCGGGGGCGGCUGUGGGUGGAGGAAUACUGGGUUUUGCUGGAGGUUCCAUGUGGAAGAAACGACAGGCCAAACAGCUGGACAUCGAGCUGGACAAAAUGUCCGACCGACAGAGCCAGAGUUAUCCCGACUUCAAGACCACGCCGAGUGGUGACGUCACCAAGUCAGACACGGGAUACCACAGGCGACCGUCCGCAUAACAACAUCAAUAACCAAAAUAUCUUUACCAGAAAUGGAGCUGAAGAAUGGAGAGCAAUCAGAGAUGGCAGACUUCGCUCCAGAUCCCUGGCCAAUGCUGCUUUUCUUGACAAAGAAAGGAAGGAGAUCUACAUAUUUCAGCUUUCUGGCUAUUACCAACUCUUGUACCUGUAUUAAUAUUGUAUGAUCCUAAAUGUUCUAAUUAAAGCAUCAUUUAUACUGGAUACUACUACUACUAUUUAAAAGAAAUGUGAGUAACAAAAUUUUGCAAAAUGUAUUGUAUAAAAUGGCAGGCAUAUGUGCCUCUACCAUGCAAUAUUCUUUA